AGUAACUAUGCGACGAGGACAAUAUAUUUGGACGUCUUUCAAUCUUCUUUUCUACCUCUUGUCAUUAUAGCAAUCCCUUCUCUUUGCCCUUCAUCAAUAUCUGCCUUAAACCAAUCUUUGCCAUCAUCUUGUCAAAUUCGAACAUCAUGCCUAUUUAUCUUAGUAUGCAGCGGGUUCGCUUCUCUAGCCCCGACGCCUAUGAGAAGUUCAAAGUUAUCUUCGCAGACACACGUCGCCACCUCAUGCCUCUCCCAGGCUUUCUGCAUCUCACCUGGUGGGAACAUCCUGACGAUCGGAGCUGGUACAACGAAUGCAGCUUCUGGACAAGCCGCGGCGCUCUCUACGACUGGCACAAAAACACCUACCAUAAGUACUGCAAGGCGUGGGCUGGAAACGGCGCCAUUAUGGAAGACAUAAUCACCAACUUUGAGCUUGUCGGAACACGACUGCUACGUAUCUGCCCUGCUUGUAAUUUCACACAAGACAAGAAAUACGAUUUGGCACAGGAGCAGGCUGUACUACGCGAAGAGUGCCCUCAGUGUGGCUUUCACUUCCCGGUCUUGGAAGAAACUCCUUCCAGCUUCGCCGUCUUCAAGGACGUCGCUAUGGCCCCGAGCCAGGAUGACGGCGCGGCAUCCACGGAGGGGGGAGCAGCGAAGGAUUAGUGCAAAUGAUUUCAUAAUUGAGAAAGGCGUGUACAUCAGUGUGAAUAG